AUGGGGGAGGACGGCGGGAUCACCACCAGCGUGCUGCAUCCGUUUCUCGGGGCCGUUGUGGAAGGCCUGGAUGUCUCCAGCAUCGGCCAAGAGGCCGUGACCAGCUUCCUGGCGCCUCUCCUCGAGUCGCAUGGCCUCCUCCUCUUCCGGAACCAGAAGCUCAGCCCUGGAGGCCUCCUGGAGUUCGUGGGAAGAUUCCCGGAUGCGGAUGUUGAGGAGCUACAGAAGCAGUCCCAGCCUUUUGCAGACGGCGACCCGUCUUGCUUGCCGGAGCUUCCGGGCGUUCGUGUCCUGGGCACCCCGUCCUCGGAUCGCGCUCUCUGGCAUGGGGCCGUCCCCGAGGCCAAUGAUCUUGGUAUGGAAUGGCACACCGAUGGCUGUGGCAUAACCGGCCUCUAUGCCGCGCAAGUGCCGCAUGGGGAGCGGACGCGCAGCACGCUGUGGGCCAGUGGGUACCAUGCCUGGGAUGUGCUGAGCGAUGAGGCAAAGAAGCAAGUCUUGGGAAUGAACUUCGUCUUCGGGCCGCGGUACUUGCUGGACGAAAGUGUGGCCAACAUGUGCCGCUACGGCGGGCGCAUGAGCGAGAACGGCUUGCGGCGAGUGAAGGACGUGGAUGCCGCAGCGCUGACGAAGGAGCAGCUGCAGCGACGAGAGGGCGCGAGCAACGCGAGGCGCUACGUGCACUUGAAUGGCUCACCUGCAAGGCAACACCCGUUCACUGGACGUACAGCUCUAUGGACGGUGCCCUUGUUGUUGCAGGAGUGCCAGGAUAUGGGGCUGGAACAAGCCAAGAUCCAGCUGGAGGAGAUUCUUUUGCCGGGGUUGAGUGGCGAUGCUGUUUACAGGCAUGACUGGCGUGUCGGUGACCUGGUGCUAUUCGACAACCGGAGCAUGAUGCACUCGGCUACAAAGCUGGUCGAUGCCCCACAGCUCAUGUACCAAGUCUUCCUCAGAACCAAGACGCAGAUGAAGUUUGCCAAGCAGACGCAACCAUGA